ACAGCCAGUUACUUUGUAGUUUCACUCAGAAAAACAUAUGGAAACAUUUAUACCCAUUGAUUUUACAACUGAAAAUCAAGAGAUGGACAAGGAGGAAACCAACACAAAACCAAGACUUUUAAAAUAUGAAGAGAAAAAAUACGAAGAUAUAAAACCAUUAGAGACUCAACCAACUGAAAUAGCAGAAAAGGAAACAUUGGAAUAUAAAACAGUUAAAGCAUUCACUGAAUCUUUGAAGUCAGAGAAAACAGAAGAUUACCUUAAAGAAAAUAUAACUCAACAACAUAUGGUUUCUCCAGAACCAGCUUCGCUUAGGGAGAAAGGGAAGUCAUGGAGAAAAAAGGAUCAAACUCAUGCUUGUCCAAAAGUUAGGAAAGCCAGGCCUGUGUCAUAUGAUAGAACAGAACCAAAAGAUGAUGAUGUGAUAAGAAAUAUUAUUAGGUUACGAGAAAAGCUUGGUUGGCAAACUGUAUUACCGCAGCACAGUUUGAAAUAUGGAAGUUCCAAAAUUGCAGUUCAGAAGAUUACUUUAAAGAAACCUUUGGAAGAUGAUGGAGAAUUUGUAUAUUGCCUUCCUCGGAAAAGUCCUAAAGCCCUUUACAAUCCGUAUGAUCUUCAGGCAGUAUCGGCUCAUACCGCUAAACAUUGCAAAGAAUUUUGGGUUAUUACUGCUUCAUUUAUCUCAAAGGUCACUAAUAUCGUUGGUAGUAUAGAGGAAGUAGAACUCAUACCUACUUUGGAAUGGCUAUCAGAAAGAAGACAUUACUAUUUAUUACGUCAAUUCAAGAUAUUUUCUGAUUUCCGAAUGAAUAAAGCAUUUGUCACCUGGAAAUUGAAUGUUAAAAGAAUUAAGACAGAGAAGAGCAGGUCAUUUUUGUACCACCAUCUUUUUUUGGCUGAUGACUUAUUUCAAGCCUGUUUGCUUUAUAUAAGAGGACUUUGUGAAGAUGCAAUUAAUCUCAAAAAUUAUAAUGACCAUGAAAAUAAUCUAUCUGCCAUAUGCCUUGUAAAGCUGGAUAGUUCUCGAACAUAUUCUCUAGAUGAAUUUUGUGAAGAGCAGUUACAGCAAGCUACCCAGGCAUUGAAACAACUUGAGGACAUCAGGGAUAAGGCAAUUUCAGAGAUGAAAAGUACUUUUCUAAAGGUUGCAGAAAAGAAUGAAAUCAAAAGGUAUUUUGAGUCAAAACUCUCUGAAGAUGACACAACACAUUUCAAGUUGCCUAAAUAUAGACGUUUAUUAGAAACAUUUUUCAAGUUUGUAAUGCUGAUUGACUACAUAUUUCAGGAACUCAUUCGUCAACUUAUGAACACUGCAGUCACACUACUUUUGGAAUUAUUUAAUGGUUCUGCUGGAAUGCCAUUUUCAGUGGAAAAAAAGAAUGAAAAUCUCAUCAGGUAA